ACUGGUAAUAAUACAUAGCUGAAAUUCUCGUAACUGCCAGCUCGCCAAGUUCGUGCAGCUAAGUCAGAAGUUCCCGAAAAAGGCAGGGUCAGCGCGCAUCUAACAGUAAAGUAAUCACACUUGUUUCUUUGCGCUCAUCGGCUGACUACUCAACAGCUUUGCUUUUUACGCCUCACCAAUACCAAAAGGUAUGGUACCAAAGGUGAAGUUUUGAACUUGGCGCCAGUUUAACUGUUCGUUUAAAUUCGCAAGUGUGUAGUACAAAAAAAAAACACGGUACCUAAUAACCAAUGUUUAAAAAUAAAAAAAUAGUAUUUAAGUAUUUUAAAGCACUUUUGUGGCGAUUUCUUUCUUGCGCCACGAUUCACUACAGACUCUUGUAAGUGUCCACAUCUCAAUCGCCAGUGCAUCACCCUGUUUCGCUUUGUUGUCGUUUUUUGUUUUCUGCUUAAGUGGAUCAUCCGUGCUUAUUUGUCCGUCCGGAGUAGUUCACGGAAGUUAGUUUUGCUAAAUUAGUGACUUCAGGUCUCAGCAUAUGGUUUUGUAGAAGAAGCGGCCGCCCAACUAUAUGGCACAACACCCCAGGGGCAGCAGGUGUACAGGGCUGAGCUGAUUGGUGGUGACACUUCAUGGCCAGCAGUGGGCCCUUGGGCGAGGAGGAGGGAACCCGAUGGGGUGGCUGGGGAGGAGAGGAGGAUGAGGAUGCAGGCAGCGACAUCACCAUGGACAGCACAGCCACGAGCCUGGUGGGCUGCCGGCCGCGCAAUGGCUCACUCAGCUCCGAGGCCCCCUCCGAGGCUGUCCCUGACAAGUACGGCUUCCUGGGUGGAUCGCAGUACACUCAGCCCAAUCUGUCACGUCGUGUACCCGUUGAAGUCCAGUGGAAGCGCGAGCUGAAGUGGAGGGACAUGCUGGAGAAUUGGGAACGUUACAUGACCAAGCAUUUUAAGAAGGUGAGAGACAGAUGUCGAAAGGGCAUCCCAUCAUCAAUGCGCUCCGUUGCCUGGCAGAACCUGUGCGGGGGCCGGUUCCUGAUGGAGAGCUAUCCUGGGAAGUUUACGGAGCUGGACAAACACCCAGGUGACCCACGAUGGGUGGAUGACAUCCGUAAAGACCUGCAUCGACAAUUUCCGCAGCACGAAAUGUUUGUGAAGGACCAUGGCCAUGGGCAGGAAGACCUCUUCCGAAUACUGAAGGCCUACUCGGUGCUGAACCCUGCAGUAGGCUACUGCCAGGGCCAAGCACCUAUUGCAGCUGUCCUGCUCAUGCACAUGCCGGCGGAGCACGCCUUCUGGUGUCUUGUGGCCAUCUGCGACAAGUACCUGCGAGGGUACUACAGCCCUGGACUGGAUGCCGUCCAGCUGGAUGGAGAAAUAUUGUUUGCACUACUCAAAAAGGUUUCGCCCUCCACACAUCGUCAUUUAAAAAAGCAGCGUGUGGACCCCAUCAUGUACAUGACAGAAUGGUUCAUGUGCGCCUACAGCCGCACCUUGCCUUGGGCUACCGUGCUUCGCGUGUGGGACGUUUUUCUCUGCGAAGGUGUGAAGGUGCUUUUCAAGGUCGCUCUGGUGCUUCUGCGAGGUGUGCUUGGAGGAGGAGACGUUGGCAAGCGCUACCCAGCCAUGUUUGAGACGCUGGAGGCCCUGCGAUCUCUGCCCGGGCCACUUGUUCAGGAGGACUAUCUCGUCACACAGUUUGUUCAGCUAGAUGUCACCAGCCACGACAUGAUGAAGGAGCACCAGCGACAGAUUGCCAAGCGGCGGCUUGCGCAGCUCUCCAAAGUGAAAACCUAGCACAGGAGUAUGGGAAAGCCGUUAGCUCAGCAGCUAUUUGUUGGUACAUAGAAGCCAACAGCAACUCUGUCUAGAGAGAGAGAGAGAGCUAGGCUUCUUCUGAGAAACGUAAUCCUUCUUUAAAAAAAGAAGCAGUGUAUGACAAUGCUGCCAAAGGCAGUCUUAGGCUCCUCAUGACAAGCAGAAUUGCAUGAAGGGUGGUGCUUCAGUGUUAAGUCAUGUUCUAACCUUCAUUGGUGAAAAGCACUAUACUACUCAAGGCUUUCUUUUGGGGUAUCCGGCCUCGAUCAGUCACUUUCGGGGAUGCUUUCACUUUCACGUGGUCUAACACCCAGCGUGAUGCCUCACUGAAGUGUUGGGAAUCUUGUCAAUGUGCUUUGAAACUACGCAAUGUGAGAAUAAUGCAGAUUGGAGGUAUGACAUACCUUUGGUCACAUCCACAUCAACUGGCUCAGUCAAUCAGUGUGGACUGAUAGGGAUAUCCCUAAGAAUUAUCUAUGGAGAAUGCAGCCUCAGUUGUCUCCCAGCUGUAUGUGAUGGAUGGCAGUAUGCAGAAAUUUUUCGCGUAGUAGAAAAGCAUUUACAAGUGCCGACACUUUGAGGUGAUGUGAUACUGUAGAAGAUGUAUGGCUAUAGCCUUUAUGACGAUUGGAGGCAAUGUGAGGGGAUCAUACUAUAGUGGUGCACAGCAGCGCACACUAAUGAGAGAGGUUUAGCGUACCGCUACUGUGACAUCACUACUGUUUUAGUCAUCUCCCAGUUUUGCACAUGCUAGCUUAGCCACACCAGGUGCUUAGUGCACCACGUGGCUUAGCUACGUUGCACUUGCAAAGAUGCUCGAACAAGCCCAAGUCUCUUGACCUAUUGUAGCUUAGCUAGGUAUAUACAAAGCUGGCAGAUGGCCGAAACAGUAGUGCUAAAGUAGAUUGGAGGCGGUAAGCUGAAACUCUGCAUUGAAUCCAACAAGAGCCCAUAGCUGUGGUAAAGGACAUCGCCAUACAAAAUCUGCCUGGGGUAGUUUCUCACUGAGAAGCCUCCGGCAAUAUAAUCCCAAGGAGCUGUUUCAGCUGUGCCUGGCUUUGAUUCAGAACUUGUCAGUAGUAAACUUUAGCUUAAUUACAAUGGAUUUACUGCCAUUUGUGACUGCUUCCAUAUGCUAAGAUCAUAUGUGAACUUUCAUGCAUGACAUUCGUGAGAUAUUCAACAAUUCAUAGCUUGAUACUGAUUAUUGACAUCAGUUGAACACCAUAAUCGAGGCACAAACAUUGCUAGGUGGGCCUCCUCAACGAAAAUCCAGCAGCUCGCUAGUCUAGUCAUAAAAGUCGUAUGAAUAGUAUCGUCUUUUAGCUGAAGUUCCCAAGUAGCAUAAAUUGUAAAUUGCACCACUGUGUCUGCCUGACAUUCUUAACCUUGACUUCAGGCAUGAGGCCGCUGCUUGGUGCAAGUUGUAAUCUGUAGUCCACCGGAAAUAUCCGUGAGGAUACAUCUACUCGUUCUCUGUAUUGCUACCUGAUGGCUUAAACAGCGGACCAUGGUACCUAUGAUGGUGGGAGCAUUAUGGCACAAUGUCUCUUACAUACCCUACUUUCACACAUGUAACCCACCUCCUCAUAUAAGCUCCACAGCCCAUUAGAGCUCUCGGGAAAGGUUUAAAAUAUUCCAUUCAAGUAAUGGCUUGAACAUCGUUCUAACUGUUAUAAGAGCAAUUCAAUACCAUUGCCGGCACCAGGAAAAGUCAUCACUGGUGCCCUCUGUUGAAGGCACGGUUUGGCUUCACAGCAAUGCAGAGCAUAUUUAUGUGCAAAUUUUGCCUUCAAAUGUAAGUUCACGGCAAUGCUCACAGCAUUGACAUGAACCAGCUCGUGAAGGCAACAUUUGAGUAUUAACUUGAACCUGCACUUUCUUCUUCAGUUUCUCAAGCUUUUGGUCUAUGUUAUAUGCGUGCAGAUAUGGUAACGUUCAUGUCAAUGUUCACAACAAGACGCUUGUUAGCUGUGCGCUAUAACUGCCUUUCUGGAACACUGGAUUAUUUCAAGCUGCUUCUCCUCCCUUAACGUGUUGUGGUGGAUCAAUGUUGCAAAAUUGUUGUACUCACUUAGCCUCACCUUUCUCUCUGGACAAAGUUGGCUUUGGCAGAUGUGGUAGCAUUGUCAAAAAAUUAUGAACCAUACUGAAGCGACUUCUGCAGUAGCUGAAGUACUGUGAACCACUGUGAAGGGACCAACUCUUCCACAGCCUUUCGCUAUAGCACCCUUGUAAAAGGCAGCAAUACAGGAGAUAAGUGUUAAUACCACCACACUAGUUAGAGUUGAAGACUGCUUGUGCUUGUGUGUGAAUGUAGAUGACAGUAAUAUAGCUACACAUCUGUUCUGUUCUUUUUUCUUUACUUUAUCUACAGUAGGCCGACAGCAGCCUAUCUUUCUGACAUUUCUGUAUGGCUGACCAUUUGAACACAGAUUUCAGUCAUUGAAAGCCCUCUGUUUGAUGGAAUGGGAAUGUCCACGUGAUGAGGAUGGACCACAUCCUAAAUGUGUAACGAUGUUCGGGCAAACUUAUUUUCCUUGUCAGUGUGGAUGGUACUUCAGUCACAUUUAAUCUAAGUGGUGCACACAGACAGUUGCACUACUAUGACCAACAAAAUACCUAUAUUGAUUACCGAGUUUUUGGUAAUUGGUAUUGCAGAGUCUGCAGAGGGACUGCAUUUGUGUUUCACCUGAAGUUCAAAUUCAUUUCAUUUUCCUGCAGCCCUGUUGUUGGCGGCAGCGUUCCUCAUCAUGUUCUAUUAGAGUUACUUGUGUUGCUGUGAAUUGGUGCUGUUUUCUGGAACCAUCAUUUACCUGAGAACUUCCACUUGAAGAAUGCUUAGAUUGGCUAAAGAAUUUGGGCACAUUCUGGCCGUUCCUGGCUCACUUAAAGUGGACCAACACCUGCAUCAACUGUAUCACCAGACAAGUGAGCGUGGGAUACACCAGCGCACAACAAUGAACAAUAACAAAGCAUGUUUAUUGGCACUCCUUUAAAUGCCUAAGAACUUCUAGAGAAAGCACAACCUGCACCCUCUGGUACUGGUUGAAAGAAAUGCAAAAAUGUGAGGUGUUCACCUACUUCCUGAAUGCCUGAGUGAAUUUUUUAGCCAGAAGCACAGUUGCAAGUUUUCGUGCGUGUCUUGUGUUAGCAUUCUCUCACAUCAUCUUGGUUAUCACUCACUAGGUAGCCCACUCACAUGAAAAGCUGUCAGGUUGUACCGAAAGCUGGCUGACACAGUAUCCUUCAUCAUCAGAUGCCUUUUACUGCAGUUGGGGUAUUGCGACAGAGUUAGCAUAAUGUGGAAGUGCCACCAAAAGUGAUUGUUUCAGAACACAUGACCUGCAGUCAGCACAUGGCAGCUAUAAAUAUAAUGCAUGUAGAAGGGACGGUGUUUAUGAUGAGUACAGCGUGCGUCAAAUUACGGUGCACCAAGCACGGGGACAUUGAGCGAGUUAUUUUUGAGUCAGAUUGACAACCUGGUUUGUGACUUGUGCUUAAAGGGACGCUGAAGGGUGACAGUUAAAUUAGCUUAUGCUGGUAGGCUAUGUUUUCGAAAUUCUAUUUGUUGUCUUGUGGUGGAAAAGGGUAGAUUUAUUAAUCGGGAAAACAAUAGGCCAAGUUUUUUACUUAUUUCAUUAAUGUCAGGCCCGAUCUGCGUCACCACUCUUCGCAAUGCUAAUCUCAUCUUGAUAAAUUUGGGCCACUUCUGUGUGGGAAUGUGUUCAGAAAGUUGCUGAAGCGAGUCAUUGUGAAUCAAUUUUACUGAAAGUGACUUUUUUUUGUGUGUAUGGCUUAUUUUCAAACUUCACUCCAUCGAAAACGCUUUUAAAGCUUUUUCACCCAAAUUCUUCAUUUAUUAAGCGUGAAAACACUGCACCACUGUCAAGCCAGGUCAGUGUUGUCUUCGCUUUCCAAAUUAUCACUUUCGGUAGAAGAAGUGAUCAGGAGAUUAUCACCAUCCUCCUCACUCGAAGUACACCCUAGUACAUUGCUUUCACUCUCAACUUUCACUGUCAGAGUUGUACAGGGGCUUUUUUUCACACUUGCGUAUGAGCUGCCAGUGGCAGACACCAGCGUUCCAAAUUUGCCAAAAAGCACAAAAAGUGUGUGAUUCCAAACAAGCAGCCUUUGAGAUCUAAUAAACGUGCCCCUCCAGCGGUGAUGAAGUGGCUGCCAUCUAUGUUGUAGAACACUAAGACUGAAUAAACACGAUCUUCAAAGCACUGAAUUAGUGCUGCUAUCUAUGUAGUAAAACACAUACACACACAAAAAAAGAGAAAUAACCGCAAAUUUUAAAUGUUGGCACUGCAGACGUCUGUGUGUUAUAAGAAAAGCUAAGAAUGUAGUUGACAAGCUCAGCUCGUCCAAAGCAAAAUUAACCAGAAUCGUGCUGACGAGCUGCCAAGAUCUAUGACAUCGCAAGCUCCUGAUUCAGAAACGCCAAGGCACUGUUGCCACCAGUAUUUCGUGUCUGUGUAAUUUCUGGCUUAUCAAGCCACAAAUUAUGCAUGCCGUAAGACUGACCUAUAUUUGGUAUUUCAAGAAAUGUAGUCUACUUAUCUCAGCUUGAGAUUAUAUUCCCCUUCGGUUUCCCUUUAAUAAUUCAGGCCAGCAUGAUUCACUCGUUCAAUAAAAGUCAGCCUCUGAGCAGCUGGCCUGAUGCACUGCUUUGCACGUUCAUUAGUGUACAGUCUUUUGUGAGAAAGUAACAAGAGUACUUUGGUGGCUGGGUCUUGCUGUGUGGUUACUUCGAUGUCGGGUCUGCAGGAGUGCUUGUUAUGCCUAGACACUUAACAGUUAAAGGCUGGAUAUACCUAGGCAGAGACUGUCUGUGCUGUAUUGGAGGAAUGAGAAAGUGGCUGAUUGAUUAUUUAUUGGAUACUGAUCACUUUUAGCAAGAAUGCGAAACGUAUUGUUGCCACUUCCUCCUGAAGGAGUGUGCUCUUCAAGAAUGAGGUUAGUUUCGUUUUCUUUAUUAAACUAAGUAGCUGCAUUCUCGAGCGUGAAGUAUGUUUGUUAGUUUAGCUCUGAAUUACUUUUUAAGCAUGUGCUUGGUGUAAAGCCUGUUUCACAUGGUGCACCUUUCCCAAGGAAAAGUUGAGGCAUGUUUUACUGUCCGUAUGGUAUUCUGCAAACUCUUUCAAGUGACUGUUUGCAAGUGCCAUUUUUCGUGCUUGAGGAGGAAAUUAUUUUUAGACUGUCUUGCGUUGGGGGUAGCACAAACUUAAUACAACAUAAUGAAAUUUAAAACACUUCAUAGCAUAGCUUGUUUACUGUUAUUUUUCUCCUUAUUUGUUAUUUUUCUUUUCGUCCUGGUAGCUUAUAAUCUAUGGCACAGUAAAGUUUCCUGUAGCCUCAUGUAGUGAUGUUCUUCAACCAUACGUGCUGCCUUGUACAUUAGGGGAGGAGGGCAGGGAUAGUAAAAUACGGUGAGCAGAUUAUGCUAAACCGAGACAAACAUCUUCAUUCCUACACUUGGAUAUCUGUUGCUGUUAUGUGGUGCUAAUUUCCAUGCUAAUCCCUAUACUGUGCGCAGUAAACUUCAACAUAAGUGACAGCUUGUCUGUUUUGAAACAAUGCAAAGCUUUACUCACUUCUGUACGCAUCGUGAAAGUUUAUUAGUAUAAGUGCAAUUCAAGUUGCAGCAUAAGCAGAGUUAUGGCAUAAAUUACAGUGUAUGUUGAAUGACGGCAAAAGUUGAGUUGUAGGAUAAGCUUAACAGUGCGAAAUCACAUACACUCGUGAAUUACAAACCAGUUAUCCAUGGAUUAGCGAGAUAUUCACGCAAUGGGAAACAUGUUUGCUUGAGUACCUUAUCUUUUAUACCAUAUAGAUUCGCGCAAGGGCCGCACCUACAACCUGGCAGCCCAAAAUUUCGAAAAAAGAACUAUCAACUGAGAAGCAAUCAUAUUUCAUGUCCCAAUACCCUGCACGCACAUCAGGGAAUGUCCGUGCACUGAUAUCCGUGCACUGUCCGUGUGUGCCGCUACUAGAUGGUACCUAGUACCUUUGAUGCUAUGCUACAUCCGGGGAACCAGGGUGUGCACAAAUGAAAGCUGCGCCGGCACCAUUUUGACCGUAAGGCUCAGUCCCGCAUAACGGCCGCACCUCGUCAAAAUUGUGAGAAAAAGAAAGUGCGACCCUUGCACGAGUCUAUACGGUACAUCAGAUACUAUGAUAUGAAUGUCUGUAAUUAGAUACGAAGUACUAAAGGAGUGAUUUGGGGUCUGGGAUGUGUCGCAUGACAGCAUCAUUUCUUUUCAAUGCUUGUCUGACUAGCAAACUUUGCUGGCAUCGCUCUUCUCACAUCACAAAUUGCAGUAGGUGUAGGCAGCUUUCUUGGCAAAUGCUAAGGCCUGUCAAGCCUUAACCUUUCUGCGCGCAGUGUGGGAGGAUAGGUUGCAAUGUUUAAGUGUUCUCCUAUAGGCUGCCGUAUUGGUCUCUUCCACAGAAGUGGAGGGCACAUUAGUUUGCCCAUUUUCUGUGCAAAAUGUGUGUUUAUCUUAGUUGUUGAAUACAGUUUGUUCUGAAAUGAGUGAACAAGCAUUAUCAAAGCAGCACUCGCGACCAGUGAAUGAUCCGUGCUGACUGACUCAUUAGCAAGCCGGCCCCCGUUUUUUUAAACAGUAAAUGUUCUUCACUCUUUGUUUUGAUGUUAAGAAUCAACUUGCCAUCAUGCAUUGCUUCUCCUUUCAUUUCUUCUUUUUUUUUUUUUUUUGUAAUACGCAGUCGAUACACAAGUCUUGUUGUGUCUAGCUCUUGGCUUGCAGAUGCAAUGUUUUAAAGGAUUCGUUAACGAUGUGGGGAGUGGGGCUUUUAAGUUAUUAAGUGUAUGUGUGCUGUUAUGACACUUUUUGGUGUUCUAUUUGCUGUUUGUGCAGAUUUGUUCGACGGUCUGUAGCAAAGAUCUCUGAUGUUUCAUGCUUUGCUUUCACCCACUGGUUUUGUAAUACUUUGUUUACCAUGGCACCUUUGUUAUCUUUAUAUUUUAUUCUGUUUUCAGUUCUUCUUGUUUUCAGAAUGUUUACAUUGUUUUGCUUUUCACUCUCUUUCUCUUCUUGUCGUACAUUUCAACAGUGCAAAUUUAUCAUGUUGUAUCACAAUUCUCGCUUAUUGAUGUUUUUGAGCUUUUGUUACUGUUGCAAACAGCCGCGGGACGUAUUUAUGUGCAUGUUACAUGGUACGCUUGUCGUGGUUUGCGGGUCCAGAAGUAGCCAGCUGUUAUUUACUUUCCUAGAACACACGCAGUUUGUUUAUUUAUUUGCUGUCCACACUCCUUGUAACUUAGUCAUUUAAAUUACUGGGGAAAACAGUCUUGUACAAGAACCUAUUUUAAGUGUUUUAUGGUGAUGGUGUGUCCGCAUGGACAGUAGAGUUUCCGACAUGUUUUUAGAGACUUUCUGCUAUGCAUUAAGCUUAUGUAAUGCCCAUUCUUUUUUUGUUUUGUAUAUUUGUCUUGAAACAGCUAUUCUUCUGGCGUUUUUUCUAACGCUCGAUUCAUUUCUUCUUGGCAUCAUGUAAACUGUUGCUCCUCUUUAAGGUGCUAGACAUUAUGCUUUUGCUUCAGUGACUCUCCAGUGAUGCUUGUAUUUUGGCCACAACCGCAAAGAACAACUAGUAAUUGUGCACCAUUUUUCUUUAGUGCUUCUCUCUCUCUACAUUCCAUUCACUCUGCUUCGCUUUUGCAAUUUAGAGUACAACCUCAUUGACCUUUCAUAGAUCUUAGGUGCCACAAAAACACAACUUGCACUCGAUGUUUCACCACAUUGCUGUUUCCUUCUGCUGCAUAUGUAAGCAAGGGUCUUGGUAAUAGUAGAAGUAUUUAUGCCACAACCCACGUUAUCUACUCUAGAUGAACCCAGACUGCAGCUUCCUGUUUGAGUUAUCAUAACUGUCGCACUAGCUUUCAGUGGACGCCUGCUCGGAUUCAUGGUACAAUCAUCAGAUAUUUGAAUGGCAAGAGCAAUAUCACAUGUUACAAAGACAGUAAUACUGCAUAUUUAUAUGUAACACUGGCAGCAUAGCUUACAGCAGUGAAGUAACUGCAGCCUUUCUUUCCACUAUGAUUCGGUGCUAAUACAGUAGAACAUUGAUUUAAUGAAGUUGUACCUAGAGUUAAAAAUAUAAAAAAAAAAUUUUGUGUGAGUUGCAUUUGAAUUGAGGCCUUCAGUGUUCAUGGUGUGGUGAAGCCUUUUUUUAUCACGCACAACAGGAUCACAUAGAGCAUUUUUUUAGCACAUCUAAAUGUGUCACGGCCACUUUUCCAGACUACAUGUGCUGUCACAUCAUGUCUCGACGAGCAUGCAAGAACAACCUUGCAAUUACACUAGUCACCGUUCGCCGAAAAACAGCAUCUUGGUGAUAGCAAUGCACAAUAGGCAUGAAACUACGAAAUAUGUGCAUUGAAAUUUCUGCUUUACGUAAAACAAUUUUCAAAAUGUUCUAAAAUUUUGAUUUAACAGUCUAUAACUUGAGACUAGGGCCUUUGAAAAGCUUGUUUAUGCAGUGCACAAUACAUAUUUGUCAGAUUUGGAAACCUUUGUAAAUAGAGCUUACAGAUUUGUGUUGUUUUUGUUGUAGAGUAGUGUGGUUGGCAAAUUGCGUGGUUAAAUUUUUCAGAACUUGACCAAUUUUUUGGCAAUAUUGCUAAUAAAAAUUCAGACUUUAAAUCAAAAUUCCGCAUCCAACCGUCGGUAGAAUUUAUCUUGCGCUCUUUAAUGAAACAAAUUUAACUCGGGUCAGUUCAGUGGUUGUUGCAAAAGGAAGUCAUGUGUUUCACAUGUAUUUGAACAGGAAAAAAUUGCAGUUGGGCUCAAGCUAAUGCUUCUGCUUUUGGGUUGCUUGGAUAAAAUACGGUUGGAAUUACGACGCAGUUAUUCUGCAGCUCUUUUUCAAAUGUGCGCACUGUGUGCAAGGUAGUUGCGACUGUGCAGCUCUUGAUUGUGCAGCAUGGCAUUGAACCGCUUAUAAAACAGCAUGGGCUUUGAAAAUUUGCCUAAUGUUUUCAAGUAAGAGCUUUAGCUUCACUUCAUUAGGUGUUAAUUGUUCAUCUGAAGUCUCCAAAACAUGGAUAUAUUUGACAUAUGCCUAGUCACAAUGGCAGUUGGAGCUUGCCUGCUUCUCUGAAAAUAAACAUAGACACUUGACCAGCCAUCACAAGAUAGUGAAGUACUGCAUUUUCUCGAGUUUAACCACCCCGCGAAUUAUAGCGCCCCUUCUUUCCAACACCAACAAGACUUGGGGUAAAAGGGUCAGAAAAGAAUACAUGCCACUGUUUCACUUACCUUGAAUUUAAGCACCCUUUUCCCACUUGAUCAUAAGGACAUGAAAAGGAAUGGAGGAGGUGGAGGGGUUAUAUUUGAGUAAAUACAGUAUUUGAAUGUGUACAUCACACAUGGCAGCAAUGGGUGUAGGACACCAGGUCAAGUGGUACAACUCCCAUACCUUGCAGGACUUUCGCGAUGGUUUAAAAAACCGAAUUGUUAGCUUUGCAUUCAAGUCUGGCCACCCUGGCUGUAGAAAUCUAAAACAGUCAUUCAUAUAAUGAAAGGCUAGAUGUACGAUCUGUUCCCGAAAUGCAUAGCCCAGCAUGACUGUCACCAUGAUAGCCACAAGUCAUCGUUAUGAUGGUAUUUUUGUUGCUGGCACUCACUUCGAAAGUCCUAUAGAGGCCACUCUACUACCAUCACACAAACCCAGUGACAGAAGCAAUAGCUUCACUGAAGCCCUCCCGUUGGCGUCACUAAGGGGUCUUUUUUUUUUUUUUAGAACAGUAUGUACAUCUUGACAGAGAACCGGAGUAGGCCAAUAUGCACCAUAUCAGAAUCAGAAGAUAUCAGAAGAUAUCAGAAUGUGGGUAGGGAGGGGAACAGUCCUGCCCAUACAGUGCCACCACUUUUCACAUGACAGCCCAUACGUUAUGUACGCUUGACAAUGAGACACACAUAUCGAGUCAUUUUCUCUGGCUGAUAAUUUGCACGUGUGCAAAUGCCUUGUAAAGCCAUUUCUGCAGAGUAUUAUUUUUGUGACCUGGACUGCCUGCUUGGAACGGUACAGGCUGUUGCACUUUGUACAGAGUCUAGUGCACCGAGUAUUUUUGUAUGUAGAUGCCUCCCUUUUUUGAGUCCAUGUUAGAUCCAUGUGCCUCCUGUUAUGUUGCAAUGGUGGCAGUAAAGCUUUUUUAUUUGUCCUAUC